AUGCCUCCCAAGAAGGCUGAAGGCUCUGCCGCCCCCAAGGCCAAGUCCACUCAUGCCACCUACCAGGACAUGAUUACUGAUGCCAUCGUAAAUCUCAAGGAUCGCAAUGGCUCCAGCCGUCAGCAGCUGAAGAAGUAUGUCAAGGCCAACAACAACCUGGUCAAUGUUUCCGACAACAUGUUCGACUCUCUCUUCAACAAGGCCUUGAAGGCAGGUGUUGACAAGGGCGCCUUUGCCCAGCCCAAGGGACCCUCUGGUGGCACCAAGCUGGCCAAGAAGAAGGCUGAGCCUAAGAAGCCAGCUGCGAAGAAGGAGGCCACCACUACCAAGAAGGCCGCUCCCAAGAAACCCGCUGCUGCCCCCAAGGCCGCUGGCGAGAAGAAGGCCACUGCUACUACUGCUGCUGCUGCCACCACCAAGAAGGCCGCUCCCAAGAAGGCUGCCACUGCCAAGAAGCCUGCUGCUAAGAGCGACAAGGACGCUGCCUUGACCAAGACCAAGACUGGCCGUGUCGCCAAGACCACAAAGCCUGCUGCUAAGAAGGCUGCCGCACCAAAGAAGGCUGCUCCUAAGAAGGCCGCCGCCAAGGCAUAG